UGGAUAUGGACAACAUGAGACGCAACAACUUCUCCGACCUUCUCUGCUCAGACCAGAGGAGUUAUCAAUGGAGUCUGGCAUCGAUCCCGGCCAGGACUACUACACACAAGACUAUUACAACUACGAUCACGGAUAUGACCUUCCUCAGUACGGCAGUCGCAGGAAACUGAUCUCACCGUCUGGCCUCUACGAUGAAUACGGAGAGGUCGUCGUUGAUGACGACGGCAGCUACUACUACAGCCCGCAGGAGUCUGAUGCAGAGGUGAGGAGACAGAUUCAAGGAGGUAGAUUAGCCCCACACCCUGCCUACCUCCAGCCUCGUCCUCCACCUCCUCAUGGGCCAUCCAGAAAGACCCCGGCAGCCCCAAGAACUGAGGGCGACACACACCAACAGCACGGCAGUAGAAAACGUCGGAUCAAGUUGGUGGUGGACCGGGAAUAUGAGACCAGCUCCACCGGUGAAGAAAGUAUGCCAGAGUCCCAACGCAGCCGCAUACCCUCCACCCUCAACAGCCACGCUAAUGUUAACGGCAGCAUCUACGUGGCCCAGAAUGGCUCCAUCAUCCGCACCCGACGCACAGUAAACACCACAGGCCCCACACACACUCACACCACCACCACGAACAACAACCUCAAACUCACCUCCCCCGUCUUCAGCUCACGGCUGGCCAAGCACUUUAAAAAACUCGACAAAAUGGCUGCCACGCUGGAGGAAAGAGUCCCCCUGAACCAUCCCAGAGUGGCGGCAGCAGACAGCGGGUGCAAGACGCUGCGCACCUUCCAAAGUUCGGGAAUGGCUGCCUCUGCGACGGCCACUUCCUCUUUCUCUAACACUGACAACAAUAAAACUCUGAAUGUGUUUAACACUCGACAAUGCAGCGUUUCUUUAGGGUCGACCAGCACCAGCAACACGGGCCCUGACUGCGUAGCGUCUAAAUCAAACCUGCUCAGAGCGGCGCAGGGCGGCACAGAGCCGCAUCAGAGCACAGCACAGAAAGAGGAGCUGAAUGAUGGCGAGAGAGAGUCAAAGGUAGACGGCAGUAAUGAUGAAGAGGACGACGGACUUGUUAUGGGGGAGCCGUUGGAGUGCCCGAGUGACAGAACGCAGUCGGAUGAGGAGGAAUUAUGGAUGGGCCCGUGGAACAGCCUUCACAUACCCAUGACUAAACUCUGACUGAUCGUGACUCCACUGUGCUCGCUCCUUAUUGCCAAGAUCAUUAAAGUGUUCAGACAUCAUUUCUGUUCAUUAGUUGUGGAACUAAUGGGGAUGCUCCAAUCCAAUUAAAAGACAUCUUAUUAACAGAUUGGUGCUCAGCUAAAAGGUGAAUUAGCAUUUUCUGGUGUUCAAACUGAAUUUCAUUAAGAUGUAAGAUUCCUCACAUAUUGACUCAAAUAAUUUCUUUAUUUUUGUUUAAAUUCAGAGACAGAUGAUGAAAAUAUAGAAGAAAAAGCAAGUAACUCGGCAUCUGAUUGGCUGUUUGCUGAUUUACUUGUAAUGAAAUGUCUGUUUUGUAUCUGCUCAAUAUUCCAAUCAGAGUGUCCCUAAAGCCCAACUGAUCUAAGAGCUGCAACCCCCCUGCGGAGAACUGGACCUAGAAUGAGAGGACUUGUUAUAUUUCUACUUUGCUAAGAGAUAAUGAUGGAAACUUGAGGAAAAAGUCUGUGAACUUUUUAUGGCCCUUUAAGCGACUGGUGUCACCGCACUUGUUUCAUUCAGAAUUACAGCUACUGGUGCGACUCAUCUUGCCUGACACUUUGCAUUAACACAUGAAGUCUUGUAUUGUUCAAACUUGCCUUUUUAUCCUUGUCAAGUUGCUUGGCAAACUUUAUCCAAAUAAAAAGACUAU